AUGAGCUCUCCCAACCCCGACACCUCUCCCCUCCCCUCCCGCACGCCCACCCCCACAACCCCCACCGCCUCCCUCCCUACACACCCACGCACCCACUCCUCAGGCAUCCCGGAUCUCCCUCCCUCCUCCCCCACUCUCCCCCUCACCAUGACCUCCUCCCUCCUGCUCACCAAUCUCCCGCGCGACUCCAGCACCGCGCUCGACUCUGCAUUUGUAUUCCCCACUCCGAAAAUCACGGUGCGGUUCCAGCCGAUUGGGUCGGCGCCCGCGUUGCAGAGACCGGUGUCGAGGAUUAGUUCGACGCAGAGGUUUGAGACGGUGGUGGCGUAUUUGAGGAGGGUGUUGAAGUUGGAUCGGAAUGCGGGGGGAGGGGGAGAGAGGGAAAGUGUUUUUUUGUAUGUGAAUAGCUGUUUUGCGCCGGCGUUGGAUGAGGUCGUGGGGAAUUUGCAUAGGUGUUUUAAGGAUUCGAAGGACCAGCUUAUUGUCACCUAUUCGAUGACGCCGGCAUUUGGAUGA